AUGAUGAAAAGAGGUUUAAGCUUAUCCUUGAGGCCGUGGAGAAAGUCUGAUUUCCAUAUGUGGAGAGCCAUGCUCGGAGAGCCAUGGAAUGAUGACUCAUUCGUCAUGCCGGAGAAGAUGACUGAUCAUGCUUCCAUCCUCGAUUGUGUGUCUAGAUCACAAGGGAAAACACAUCUUACAAUUGAGGAGAAGAUAAACUUAUGGGAGAAAGAGAUCGUGACUUUGGAAAAAGAGGUUCAGGAUUGGGCGGAGCAGGCUGAUGGAUGUGACAGUGAGUGA